CGGAUACGUUGAUAUUUUUUAUUACUUUUUAUUACAAUUUUUUUUCAUUGGUUUGAGUAGUAUAAGAACGAGUACAUUCAAGGUAAAGGUGGGUAAAAAAAAAAGGUGACCAGGCGCAGUUUUGCAACACACACAGUGUUUCACUUGAUGUUUAGAAUAAUUUCUCAAAACUCAUCAUAUUUAUUAUUAAAAUGUUGAUUAAUAAAUAUUCAUCAGUUUUUAAUUUAAUUAAUAAUUAAUUAGUCAAUUUAAAUUACCGCAAGAUAGACAAAAAAAAUUUCAAAAAAAAAUACAGCCAUAAAUCAGAGGAUGGGUUUUGAAGAGGAAGAAAAAGUAGAGGUACCAGAUAUGUGGUUAUCAACAGCUGAAGCCUCCAGUCUUGGUGCUGAGGAGGUUGCUGCAAAACUUCAUGUUGAUACAAGAACAGGUCUUUGGUGGCAAGAAGCUGAACAACGAAGAUCACUUGUUGGACACAAUGAAUUAACAGUUAAAGAUGAAGAACCAACAUGGAAAAAAUAUGUUGAACAAUUUAAAAAUCCUCUUAUUUUAUUGCUUCUUGGUUCAGCAUUUGUUAGUGUUUGUAUGAAACAAUAUGAUGAUGCAGUUAGUAUAACAGUAGCAAUAAUAAUAGUUGUAACAGUUGCAUUUGUUCAAGAAUAUCGUUCAGAAAAAUCAUUACAAGAAUUAACAAAAUUAGUACCACCAACAUGUCAUUGUCGUCGUGAGGGUAGAGUUGAAUCAUUUUUAGCACGUGAUUUAGUACCAGGUGAUAUUGUAUUAUUAAAUAUUGGUGAUCGUGUACCAGCAGAUAUACGUAUUUAUGAAGCAAUUGAUUUGGCAAUUGAUGAAAGUAGUUUAACUGGUGAAACUGAACCAUCACAAAAAUCAACAGCACCAUUAUUAAAAACAAAUGGACAAUCAUCAAAAAAAAAUAUUGCAUUUAUGGGUACACUUGUACGUUGUGGUAAUGGUAAAGGUAUUGUUAUAAAUACAGGUGAAAAAAGUGAAUUUGGUGAAGUAUUUGCAAUGAUGCAAGCUGAAGAAGCACCAAAAACACCAUUACAAAGAAGUAUGGAUAUACUUGGUACACAAUUAUCAUUUUAUUCAUUUUGUAUUAUUGGUUUUAUAAUGUUACUUGGUUGGAUACAAAAUAAGCCAUUACUUGAAAUGUUAACAAUUGGUGUUAGUUUAGCUGUUGCUGCAAUACCAGAAGGUUUACCAAUUGUUGUAACAGUAACACUUGCACUUGGUGUUAUGAGAAUGGCUAAAAGAAAAGUUAUUGUUAAAAAAUUACCAACAGUUGAAACACUUGGUUGUGUUAAUGUAAUAUGUUCAGAUAAAACUGGUACAAUAACUAAAAAUGAAAUGACAGCAACAAUAAUUGUAACACCUGAAGGAUAUACUGCUGAUAUAACUGGUACUGGUUAUAAUGAUAAAGGUGAUGUACGUAUACGUAAAUGUGAUAAUAAUGAUUUAGCACGUAUAUCAAUGACAACAUUACUUGAAGUUGGAUCAGUAUGUAAUAAUGCAAUAAUACAAAAUGAUACAUUACUUGGACAACCAACUGAGGGUGCUAUUAUUGUUGCUGCAAUGAAAUAUGGUCUUUAUGGUGUAUCUGAUAAAUAUUUACGUUUACAAGAAUAUCCAUUUUCAUCUGAACAAAAAAUGAUGGCUGUUAAAUGUACAUCAAAAUAUACUGAUGAUAGACAAGAAAUUUUUUUUGCAAAAGGUGCUAUUGAAAAAAUAUUACCACAAUGUACAAAAUAUUCAUCAAAUGGACAAUUAUAUCCAUUAAAUCAAAAAAAAGAUCAAGAAUUUUUAGCUGAAGCACAUGAAAUUGGUUUACAAGGUUUAAGAGUUAUUGGAUUAGCACGUGGUACAUCAUUACAAGAUUUAGUAUAUGUUGGUCUUAUUGGAAUAUGUGAUCCACCAAGAGAUGGUGUACGUGAUUGUAUUAGUUUACUUGUUAAUAGUGGUGUUAAAGUUAAAAUGGUUACUGGUGAUGCUAAAGAAACAGCAAGUGCAAUUGCAAGUGCAAUUGGUCUUGAUACAUUACACAUGAGAAUAAUGUCUGGUGAUGAAAUUGAUACAACAAAUGAACAUGAAUUUGAACAAAUUAUUGAUAAUGUAUGUGUAUUUUAUCGUGUUACACCAAAACAUAAAUUAUCAAUUGUUAAAGCAUUACAAAAAUGUGGUCAUAUUGUUGGUAUGACUGGUGAUGGUGUUAAUGAUGGUGUUGCAUUAAAAAAAGCUGAUAUUGGUAUUGCAAUGGGUAAAAAUGGUACAGAUGUUUGUAAAGAAGCUGCUGAUAUGAUACUUGUUGAUGAUGAUUUUAAAACAAUUAUUGCUGCUAUUGAAGAAGGAAAAGGUAUAUUUUAUAAUAUUAGAAAUUUUGUUAGAUUUCAAUUGAGUACAAGUAUAUCAGCAUUGGCACUUAUUGCACUUGCAACAUUAAUGGGUAUACCAAAUCCAUUAAAUGCCAUGCAAAUAUUAUGGAUUAAUAUUAUUAUGGAUGGACCACCAGCACAAAGUUUAGGUGUUGAACCAGUUGAUAAAGAUGUUUUAAAACAAAAACCAAGAGAUACAAAAGAACCAAUGAUUACUAAAAAUUUAAUAAUCAAUGUUUUAUUGUCAGCUGUUAUUAUUAUUCUUGGUACACUUUGGGUAUACAAUCGUGAGAUGACAUCAAAUGGAAUUACUGCUCGUGAUACAACAAUGACAUUCACUUGUUUUGUAUUUUUCGAUAUGUUCAAUGCACUCAGUUGUCGUUCACAAACAAAAUCAAUAUUCAGCAUUGGAUUUCUUAGCAAUAAAAUGUUUUUAAUUGCUGUUACACUCUCAGUUGUUGGUCAAAUGUUGGUCAUUUAUUUUCCUCCACUUCAACGAGUUUUUCAAACAGAAGCACUCACAGCAAAAGAUAUUGUAUUUUUGGUGGCAUUGACAUCAAGUGUAUUUAUCAUAAGUGAAAUUAAAAAAUUCCUGGAACGACAAUGGGAACGCAGACGUGCAAGUGGACGGUACUACAAAUGCAAGAAGGCGAAAUCAAAUUGCUCGCCAACCGAAUUCAUUGAAAAAAAAUAAGAAAAACAUUUAAAAUAUAAUUUUAAAAAUAUAAGAAAAUAGUAAAUUAAUAAAUGGAAAUUACGGAAUAUUGGAUAAUCAACAAUGCAUGGAAUAUAAUUGGAAUGCAAUUAACACGAGCUGGACUCAUCAGCAACUUCAUUAAAAUCAACAUUAAACACAAUAUAAACUAAUGAAAAUAAAAUACUAAUAAAAUAAUAAUCAUUCGCAGGAUAAAAGUAAGUUUGAAAAAAAAAAAAAACGAAACAUUAAUCACUUCAUUAAUCACAAAUGUCCAUUGAAUAAUUCAUGUUAAAUUAGCUAAAAUAUAAUGUUAAUUGUUAAUAUUACAAAAUAAUUAUAAUCAUUUAAAAAAAACGAGCAGCUUGAUCAUUUAUCAUGAAAGUAUUUUAGCAAGUAGCACAUUUUUUUAUUUAGAUACAAAUUUGUAAUCUUAAAAAAAAAAAAAACUAUCACACACAUUUAAAUUCAAACAUCACAAGUUAAUUUUUUUUUUACAAAUAUUAAAAUAAUAAUUAAAAAAAAACGCACAGUAUUUUCAUGAAUUAAUAAUUGAAAAUAAUUUAUUUAUUCUUUUUUUUUUUUGUAAUUGAUUGAUUGAUUGAUUGUUUUUUUUGUUGGAAAUUAACUUGUGAAUUUAAAUUUUAUUCGUAAAAUUAAAUAGCACAUUGUGAGUAGUAGUGAGAAUCCCUUUUUAUACUAUUCUCAAAAUAUUGUAUUCAAUAUUAAAUUCUACAAUAAUUUAAUGCUUUUUUUUUUUAAUUAAAAUAAAUAAUUAAUUAAUUUUUAAGUGACUUGCACAUUUGUGAAUUUAAUAUACACACUUAAAAUGAGCUGUCCAUGUCAUUUAGAUGUUUUUUUAAUAUUAAUCAAGCUACUUUCAUCAUUCCUUAAUUUAAAUUUAAAAAUACUAUUGUUACAAUUUUAAUGCCAAAUGUUAAAUGCUUCAAUAAUUAUUUUAUUUGUAUUAUAUUUUUUUUUUUUUGGUGCUCAAAUAUCAGUGCAAUAGAGCAAUUAAUUUUGAAAUCUUGUUAAUAUCAAUUUUAUAAUGUCUCAUUAAUUCUAAUAAUCAUGUCAAUAUGUAACAAGAUUCAAAAAUUUAAAAUAAAUUUCAAUUGGUGCUAUAAUUUAAUG